GCCGCGCCGCGGGCGUUUAAACGAGGAAGGAACGAAGUCGAAAGUUAUCGAGCAAGAUCUAAGUUAUGCCGAACAAGUUUGCUGUAGCUGUCAAGAUCAUUUUAAAAAGAGCAUUUUCUCUGGUAAUGAUGAAAGUGGAGUGAGAAGGCCAAUCAGCCUGAACUGUGGGAAGUAUUAUCUUGAUAUUCUGUGAAUCUCAACGUUACCCUGAUGUUGGAUGCAGCUAUCCUUCAUAUCAUCAGAAUGGUUCUACAUAUCCUUGGAAAUGCUACAAAUAUUCCACCGGCCAUCGGAGCUGAGGGAGAACGUCCCAAGAAGAAGCGAAGGAGGAGGAGUCUUGUCAGAGCUAUAGGAUCUAGUCUUCCUUUGGCCCCAAUACAAAGAGUACACUUCCAGAUAUUCCGUCGAUCUGACCCACCAAUAUCCCGUCAUCAAUUCUACGAAGAUGAUUGUGAGCCGGCCUUUAUCCCUUCCCUAUCAGAUCUACCCUGGAUCGUCAUGGCAACACCAGACAAAGAUAUUAGGUCUAGGUCUGAAUACCAUCCAAUCAAGAACAAGAAGAAGCGACGCAUCACAAUGACCGUCCGUCCCCUCAACCACACCCCGCCCAAAUAUUCCACAAGCCCCUCCCCUCGACAGACCCCCAGCAGUCUGUCACCUCUCCCAUUCACUACAGAGCUACAGACACCACCUCAACAGGGUUCACCCUGGUCAAAGGAUGUUGACCCCGCUGGAAAGGUCGAUGACCCUGUAGCACAGAAGAAGAUCUCUGCAUUAGAAGAUGAGCUAGAGAAAUUGAGAUCACAGAUUGCUAUGAUUGUCACAAUGCAAUCACAGCUCCCCCAACAAGCAGAUCCAACUCAAACUCCCUGCACGCCUGUUAGUCGUAUGAGCAUAGCACCGAUGUCUACGAUCCCCCCUCCGCCACCCCCACCGUCGUUUGGGGCUGCCCCUCCACCACCCCCAUGUGGGGCACCCCCGCCUCCACCACCUCCUCCCCCACCAGUCGCAGCACCUAAACUCUCUGCUAUUGAUCUCAUUAAACAGAACAGGAGUAAAAACAAGAGCAAACCAAACACAACAGGAUCAUCUGAGGGUAUGCCAAACAUGGCUGAUGUUCUAAAGGGAUUAGGAACAGUCAAAUUAAAGUCAGUAGCAAGGUCGCCCGGUGGUACUCCAAUCAGGAAAGCUCCCAAACCUUCAGAUGCCAAUGAUCCAGCAUCUAUCAUCGCUCGGGCCCUCAAGAAGAAGUUUGCUCAAGCUAGACUCAGCUGCAGUCCAACAGCAGCAAACAAAGAAAAUAUCAACACCUCAGGAUCACCCUUGGCCAAGUGCAGUCCUGUCAGGCAUGCCAGUCCAAAGUUUGGACAGCAUUUGUUGAAACCUUCAAAUAGAGCACAGCCAAACAUCAGGCAAUCUCGUCCUCUUUCAGACAUCAACGCAUGAAGGACACUAUCAAAGAUGAAAGCAACACUGCGUCCUUGAUGAGCUCUCAGAGCUACAGUGUAUGUUGUGUUUGGUUGCUUUUUGUCUUGGGUAACGUGUACCAUUAACCAGCUAUUAGAAAAUAAACUGUUUAUAUUGUCUGUAAAGCAAUAUUAUCAUCAGUAUCUGGGAAACUAGUCACAUGCUUAUAUGCCAAGUUUGAUGAGAAAAAACAUUGGGAACAUGCUUGGCAUUGAAGCUGGAAGAGCUCCUCGUUUACCUUCAUUUUCUUGUGACACUUAACCCGUAUCCCUGGGCUCCGUUGCAUAAAAGUUACUAUUAUUUGUGGUAACUUUUACCCAACGGGGCCUAGUUAUGAGUAUGGUACACUUCAAUGACAAAGCAUGGACUAAGAGUAAAAGAAAAAUAAUUGAUUGAGAGAGAAGGGGAAGGGGGGGGGUGGAUAAAGAGAAGGAGAGAAAAAUGGAAAAGAGAUAGUAGUAGUGAGAGAUAUAGAAAGAUAUACCGGGUAGAAAGGGAGUGGGAGGGUAUAGUGAGAGAAAAUAAAUGGAGUAUCUGUGAUUAAGAACAAACUGCAACUCUCAGAACUUUAUAGUAUCCAACCUAUAGGUUAACCUAUAAGUUAUAUGUAUGAACCAACCAGGUAUUGGUAAGUUUUUGUAGUUCAGGUAUAAACCUACCAACUAUUCUACAAAUUUACAUGCUAAAUGAAAUGGGAUCAUUUUUAACCAACUGUUCUGUUGGUAGGUUAAUAUUUUAACAACUUUAUAACAAUGUCUGAGAGUGCCAUUCUUGAAUGUGUCAAGAAAUAGAGAGGCUCAGUAAGAUUUGAUGGGGCUAGUAAAUAUUCAAUGUGCUCUGUUUUAUCCAUCAACAUCUUUAUUCUUUUGUUUACAUGUACAUCAUGUAAUGUUUGUUAUGCAUUUGAGUUCAAGUAUUUAAACAAAGAAAUUUUAUCUUUUAUCAAUUUGAUCCCUUUUAAACUUUUUAGCUCGUAUCACACCUGUGUCUUUUUAACAUAUAUUUCUAGUAUGCAUCUGAGAUGGCCUUACCAUAAAAUUCCAAAAAACUCAAACGCUUUCUAAUUUUACAUAUGUCGGAAAAAAAACUUACAAAUCAGCAAUUUACUGAAAACCGUGUCCCAAACAAGACUCUCUUUAUGUUCUGAAAGUAAAUCUUCAGAAUAGUUUGAGACCAUUUUUAUGUGAUAUAUGCUUAUGCUUUGAUAAUAAAGAGGUAAACGCCCCCCCCCCCCCCGGUGUUAUGACAUCUUUUCCUCAUUGAACUUGAUAUUUACAUGUAUAUGAACUAAAAUGCCUGAUAAGGGGUACUUUCUGUACAUUACAUUUAUAUCAACUGUCAAUUGGGCAUAUUCAUGGGCUUGUGUACAGCAAUAUUGUUGAGCAAACCCGUUUUUGGUUCACUAAAUUUCUCUAACUUCUCAGAAUGUGCCUUUAUCAAUCAAACUAAUGCACAGAAAAAUUUAUUUUUUUAUGUUCAAGCAUAACUGUGUUUGCAUUAUGAUUUGAGCAGUGUUUUGUCUAAUUCAAAGAGACUGUGAGAUAGAUACAUUUCAACAAAUGAUAUAGAGGAACUUUUAUACCCCGAUUGAUAAAAGCAGAAAAAAUUUAGAAAAAUAUUGACAAAGGUUUGACGAAAAUUGAAAAGGUUACUUGAAAAUUAUGCGAGCAGCUGCCCCAUACAUGUAGGUUGUGUAAUGUAAAUUCUGUAAUAUCUUAAUUUUAAUUAUGGAUGACUAAAUAUAUUUUUUCUUGUAGAAGUGAAAUUAUGUGUCUAAUGAUAUAUUGAAUGCAGAAGUAAAAAAAAAGCAUUUUAUGGGAUUCAUAUCACAUGACACAAGGUUUUUACUUCCAUGUGACUUCAUAAAGUAAAAACAUGUUUGUUAUUCUUUGACAGAAUUUACAAAACUUUCAUAAAUUUGUUAAAACCAAACUUUACAUCCAUGUGAAUUUCCCCUUCAAACGAACAUAAUCUACCAUCAAAAUAUUGAAAGUGUUUUAUGAAUGUGCAUUGUUUGUUUGAGUUAUCUGACAUUGGCCUGAAUUCACGAAGCUACACUGUAUUUCAAAACCAUGUUUUAUGCAGAUUUUUAUGCAUUGAUUAUUCUUUAUUCACCGUGUGGGUGUUUCAUAAAGCCGUUUGCAAAUUACGAGCGACUUUACAACGACUGGUGAUCCUUUCUUAGAAACAAAAUCAAUGCCAAUGGAUUUCUGGUAUGUAUCUUUUUAGCUCAAGAAAGGAUCACCAGUCAUUCGUAAAAUCGCGUGUUAACUCACAAAUAGCUUUAUGAAACCCCCACCGGGAGUAUUGAGAAAGGCUCCAGUAAUCUGUAUAACGCAUAACACAUUAUGAAUAACGUCUCUAUGCGCUUCCAAUAAAAUACUUAAAUAUUAUUACCCCAGUUGUAGCUCAAGCAGCUAGCUUUCAGUGCUCAGCAUUUCAAGGAAUAAAUUCCUGCCAGGAAUCUAUACACACUUCUAUCACAGCAUGGUAUUAAAAUUGACGUUACUAAGUUACAGCAUUACUGAUAAUGUAAAUAAAUUAACAUGAAAAGUGGACAAAAGAAAUAGUGAGUGGAUGACAUCAUAGUCUCCUCAUUUGCAUACCAGCCAGGAUGUGCAUAUAACUGUUUUUUUUAAAUUAAGUGAAACUUUAAAAUGUCAUAACUUUCUUGUUUUACAUCCGAUUUUGAUGAAAUUUUCAGUGUUAUGCUUGUUGGAUUUUUCUCUUUUUAUUCAAAUCAACUUCUUGUUGGGGUGGACUUGUCAAUUAAUGCUGUAAUGUUAGUAACAAGCAUGAAUAUAUACAUGCUGCAAUAUUAGCGCCUUUGUUAUGGGACGCUUUUCUUAAACGCUCUGAAUAAAUCAUGAUCAGUGCAUGAAAUCAGCAUAAAUCAUGGUUUCAAACCAAAGAUUUUAAAAUCACCUUUGUGAAUUCAGACCAUUAUGUUGACUACUUGUUGAAUUUAUCACCGGUUUGUUUUAUUGUUUGAAAUGCAUUAUUAUUCAUCUGUACAUUGUCAUGUCCACUCAAAAGAAAUAAGAAAGAAACUUUUAUGUUGUAAAUAUUUCUGAUAUCUUAAUAAAUAACUUGUAUAAUUGUA